AUGAAAGAUAAAGCCUCUUCUUCUUCUUCAAAUAAUUUCAACCACACCACCAAUGUAAGGAAAUAUCAUCCUUAUGAGAAACAAGGCAGCAACAAGAAAUCUCAAAAGGCAACACUUCAAGAACAACCACCAACCUUAAUGAAGAAAACGGAACAUCCUUCAAAGACUUUGGAUCAUUCCAGUUGUAAAGGACAACAAGAUCAUGAUGGAAAGAAAGGAACAAAUAAGCCUCUACAACAAAGAGGAAAUAGCAUGAGGACCAAUCAAAGAGUGAUGGCUCUUUCUCCUGACACGGUUGCUCGAUGUAAUCAACUAAGGUCGUCCCAUGAAAUUGAAAAGGCUUCUCUUCAUCAUCAAAAGAACCAACAACAAGUUGAUCAUUCAACUCAACCUCUACAAAUGUUACUCUCUCCCUCCUCGCCAGUGUUUGAAAUUGAUGCACAGGAAACAUCCUCUUUCUCGGACAUAUCAAUCAUGAUUAUGGAUGAAGGCUUUGUUUUUUCUGGCACAGAUUCCCCACAGCAAAUAAUGGAAUGUGAUGAGAGCAUGCUUGAAGUAUUUUGGAAACAACCUGCCGUCGAGCCAAUGAUUGAAUGGGCUGAUAAGGAUUACGAUGUUGAAUGGUUCGACCCAAUAGUUCCUUCCUUUCGAGAGGGUCAAGGGUCAAAAAGCACGCUGGAAAUCCUUUUGGAACAACCUCUGCAUGAUUUUAUGGAAAAUGAUGAAGCCAACAACCAAGAUGCUUUUGAUCUUUUUCAAACCCAACCAGAAUCUCCUCUGAUGGAUGAUUUUCAUUAG